AUGUCUAAGAUUAAAAAUUUUCUAUUUGAUAGUAUCUUUUUAGAAACGCAUAGCGAAUUAGAAACUUUAAAUGAUGAACUAAAUGAACUUUAUGAAGAAGAUGAUGUAAAUGAUAAUAUAAUAUCUGAAGAAGGCCAUGAAAAUAAU